UGUUUGUCGUGAAAUUGAGAAAUGCUUGUCUUGUUUCUUUUUAGUAGAUAAAACAAACCGUAGUCUUUAUCUCUGAGUGACAAAGCAUUCAAGCGGACGCGCUUCGGUCAGCUGUUGUUAGGCAGACCGGUUCUUUUCGACAUUACUAAUUUCAUUAAACGUGGCAUUCUUGUUAACUGUCAGAAAUGAGCAAAUCUACUUUGCCUAGUCAUAUAUUACACAGUGGAUUUUUUCACCCGGUGUUACGAAGCUGGCAAGCACCAAAUGUGGAACUGACGCCGAAUAAUUUAAUGUUUCCAUUGUUUAUUGGAGAAGAGCAAGGUGUUGUGCCAUUGCCCAGCAUGCCUGGAGUAUUUAGGUAUGGCUGUUCCAAUUUAAAAGAUGCCCUUCAACCUCUUGUGGAUAAAGGGUUGAAGUCAGUUUUAUUAUUUGGAGUUUUAUCGCAUCUACCUAAGGAUGAAAAAGCAAGUCAUGCAGACUCAGUAAAGAAUCCAGUGAUGAUGGCUUUACCAAGACUGAGGAACUGGUUUCCAAACUUGGUCAUAGCUUGUGAUGUCUGUCUUUGUUCCUAUACUAGUCAUGGACAUUGUGGGCUCAUGAAGGAUGGUGUCCUUGAUAAUGAAGCAAGUAUUGCAAGAAUUGCAGAAGUUGCAGUAUCAUACGCGAAGGCUGGUGCACAUAUAAUUGCACCAUCUGACAUGAUGGAUGGCCGUGUUGGUGCUAUUAAGGAGUAUCUUAUCAAAGCUGGAUUUGGUAAUCGGGUUGCUGUUCUAUCGUAUUCUGCCAAAUUUGCAUCAGGGUUUUAUGGACCAUUCCGCUCUGUUACAAAAUCAGCUCCUGUGUUCAGUGACAGAAAAUGCUACCAGUUGCCACCUGGCAGUCAAGGAUUAGCAGCAAGGGCCUGUUCACGUGAUGUAGAAGAAGGAUGUGACAUGUUAAUGGUCAAACCAGGGCUACCAUAUUUGGACAUCGUCAAGAAGACAAAAGAGAACCAUCCGGAAUACCCAUUGUUUGUUUUCCAGGUAUCAGGAGAAUAUGCAAUGCUGUAUCAUGCUGCAAAGGCUGGUGCAUUGGAUUUGAAACAAGCAUUAGAAGAGGUAUUACUUGCAAUGAGAAGAGCAGGUGCUGAUUGUAUUAUCACAUACUUCACACCAUUAAUAUUGGACUGGCUGGCUCCCAAGUCCAAAUACUAAAAAAGUAUAUGAAAAUAGUCGGAUUAGACAAGAAUGUUUUUGGUAUGGUACUUGGUAUUUUUGUCAUUAUGAUAAUCAGUUUUUAUAUUGUGUUGGAUUAUUAAAGAAUUUUAAAAGUUGUUACCAAA